UAUUGCCUCGUAAUCGUAUUUUGCUCAUAGAUUUCCACCUGUACAGUGGAAAAUGUCGAAUAACGGGGCACAGCAAUCAUAUGCGAAUGAUAGGGCGUCUUCGACUGGCGAUGCAGAUGUUGGCAUCGACCCGGCCAGCGGAAGUUUCUUCUCUGCUGACUACAAAAGACACGAAGACUUAAAGACAAUGUUGGACAGCAACAAGGAUGGACUUAAACUAGAGGCAAUGAAGCGCAUCAUAGGGAUGAUCGCCAAAGGCAAGGAUGCAUCCGAUCUCUUCCCAGCUGUAGUGAAGAAUGUUGUGUCUAAGAACAUCGAGGUGAAGAAGCUGGUAUACGUGUAUCUUGUACGCUACGCAGAGGAGCAGCAGGACCUGGCUCUCCUCUCUAUCAGCACGUUCCAACGAGGCCUCAAGGAUCCGAACCAGCUGAUCCGUGCGAGUGCACUGCGUGUGCUCUCCAGCAUCCGUGUGCCAGUCAUCACGCCGAUCAUGAUGCUUGCCAUCAAGGAAUCAGUGACCGACAUGUCUCCGUUUGUGCGCAAGACGGCUGCACACGCGAUACCCAAGCUGCACAGCCUCGAUCCAGAGCAGAAGGAAUUCUGUGUGGAAAUCAUCGAGAAACUGCUAUCGGACAAAACAACGAGAGACCAGUUCCAGCUCGGCACACUCUCUCACUUCAACAACGCGAAGGCGAGUGGCUACCAGGAGCUUCCGGACUGGCCGGCGACGGCCGCCGAUCCGUCGGUGCGUAACGUCGAGGUGCCGAUGCCGUGGUCUGACCCGACCGUCAAGUCGAAGAAGACGACGAAGAAGAAGCAGUCGUUCUACUCGGACAGCGAGCAUUCGUCCGAAGACUCGUCAUCUGGCAGCGACUCCGACAGCGAUACGAGUGAAGAGUCGGGAAGCGAGGAGGAGGAGGAGGAGGAAGAUGCUGAGGCAGAGGAGGCGGGAAGCAGCAAAUCUGGGAAGGAUGGAGAGGAGGCGGAGGAGGAGGAAGAGGAGAGCAGCGAGAGUGACGAAUCGUCGAGCGAGGCGGAGGAUAGCUCCAGCGAGGAGGAGGAAUCUGAGGAGGAGCCUGUAGUCGUGGUGAAGCCCAAGAAGCGACCACCGAAACAUGCAAAAGCUCCGAAAAAGGAGGCAGUGGACCUACUGCUGGACCUAGAUGAUGUGCCGAGUGUGGCUGUGUCCCCCUUCCUGAAGCCAGGUGAAACGUUAACCCCCUCCCUCCUCUCUAGUGGGAGUACAUCUGAGAAGACAUCAACUAUGCAACUAACAGUGACAGCACCAGCGCACGUGCCGACGCGAACGCACGAGCUGCUGAAUCGGAUGGCAGGCGCGGGUCUGUCGGUGAGCUACCGGUUCACGCGCGGGGAGAACAUUUACUCUGCCAGCAUGGUGACAGUCGAACUGACGCUAACAAACCACAGUGACAAUGACAUCAAGAAGAUCUCACUGAGCCAGAAGAAAUCAUCACCAGGAAUGGAGUUGAAAAGCUUUCCUGAAAUCGAGUGCCUGGCCGUCGGCGAAUUGCGCAGCGCGACGAUCGGCAUCGACUACGCCGACACGACGCAGCCGGCUGUGCUCGAGGUCGUCGUCGCGGCAACGGGAAGCCACGCCGUGAGUCUGCCGGCGCCCGUCGGAGAGCAGCUGCAGCCGAUCAUCAUCACCGACAACGACUUCCGGCUGCAGCAAGCCAAGCUGAAGGGCAUGAACGAGAACACGGGCAGCGCGGCCCUGCCCCCUGCGGCAGCUGCGGCAGCAGCAGCAGCGAGCGGUAGGGAGGCAGGUGGAGGAGGCAGCGAGGCGUGGCUGCGGCAGCGCGUCUACGACGUUGCCAACCUCGCGCCCGUCCCUGCCCCCGACCUCUCGACGCUGCACUUUGCCGCGCGCACGCGCGCCUCGCACGCCUUCGUGCUCGUCUCCGUGCGCGUCGCCGACGGCAACGCUGCCGCCUCCGUCGUCGUGCACUGCGAGAAGAUGGUCGUCGGAUCGAUGCUGCUGAAGGAGAUAACGAAGUCGUUAUGCGCCGCGUGGGAGAUUCAGUCGGUCGUGCUCAGUAACAUCGCUACCAUGACGACGACUCGCAAGAGCAUGUUUGAGCCGUACCUGAAGAGCUUCUUUGUGCGGCCGAUGGAUCCGACCCACAUCAAGCUGCUGAAGCUGGAGAUUCUAACGAACCUACAGAGAGACCAGUUCCAGCUCGGCACACUCUCUCACUUCAACAACGCGAAGGCGAGUGGCUACCAGGAGCUUCCGGACUGGCCGGCGACGGCCGCCGAUCCGUCGGUGCGUAACGUCGAGGUGCCGAUGCCGUGGUCUGACCCAACCGUCAAGUCGAAGAAGACGACGAAGAAGAAGCAGUCGUUCUACUCGGACAGCGAGCAUUCGUCCGAAGACUCGUCAUCUGGCAGCGACUCCGACAGCGAUACGAGUGAAGAGUCGGGAAGCGAGGAGGAGGAGGAGGAGGAAGAUGCUGAGGCAGAGGAGGCGGGAAGCAGCAAAUCUGGGAAGGAUGGAGAGGAGGCGGAGGAGGAGGAAGAGGAGAGCAGCGAGAGUGACGAAUCGUCGAGCGAGGCGGAGGAUAGCUCCAGCGAGGAGGAGGAAUCUGAGGAGGAGCCUGUAGUCGUGGUGAAGCCCAAGAAGCGACCACCGAAACAUGCAAAAGCUCCGAAAAAGGAGGCAGUGGACCUACUGCUGGACCUAGAUGAUGUGCCGAGUGUGGCUGUGUCCCCCUUCCUGAAGCCAGGUGAAACGUUAACCCCCUCCCUCCUCUCUAGUGGGAGUACAUCUGAGAAGACAUCAACUAUGCAACUAACAGUGACAGCACCAGCGCACGUGCCGACGCGAACGCACGAGCUGCUGAAUCGGAUGGCAGGCGCGGGUCUGUCGGUGAGCUACCGGUUCACGCGCGGGGAGAACAUUUACUCUGCCAGCAUGGUGACAGUCGAACUGACGCUAACAAACCACAGUGACAAUGACAUCAAGAAGAUCUCACUGAGCCAGAAGAAAUCAUCACCAGGAAUGGAGUUGAAAAGCUUUCCUGAAAUCGAGUGCCUGGCCGUCGGCGAAUCACGCAGUGCGACGAUCGGCAUCGACUACGCCGACACGACGCAGCCGGCUGUGCUCGAGGUCGUCGUCGCGGCAACGGGAAGCCACGCCGUGAGUUUGCCGGCGCCCGUCGGAGAGCAGCUGCAGCCGAUCAUCAUCACCGACAACGACUUCCGGCUGCAGCAAGCCAAGCUGAAGGGCAUGAACGAGAACACGGGCAGCGCGGCCCUGCCCCCUGCGGCAGCUGCGGCAGCAGCAGCAGCGAGCGGUAGGGAGGCAGGUGGAGGAGGCAGCGAGGCGUGGCUGCGGCAGCGCGUCUACGACGUUGCCAACCUCGCGCCCGUCCCUGCCCCCGACCUCUCGACGCUGCACUUUGCCGCGCGCACGCGCGCCUCGCACGCCUUCGUGCUCGUCUCCGUGCGCGUCGCCGACGGCAACGCUGCCGCCUCCGUCGUCGUGCACUGCGAGAAGAUGGUCGUCGGAUCGAUGCUGCUGAAGGAGAUAACGAAGUCGUUAUGCGCCGCGUGAUCGUCGUGCGAGAUGCGAUGGGGAGGGGGGGGUGGCGAGGUCCCGGAAGCCGAGGAGGAAUUGUGCGGACGACAGGGGGUCAUCUCGGAUGCUGUCGCAGUCCUCCCGGAUGCUGCGGAGUCAUUCCUGAUGCUGGGAAGGCAUCCUAGAUGCUGGGAACUCGUCCCUGAUGUUGGGAAAAGAUCCUGGAUGCUGGGAAGAGAUCCCGGAUGCUGAGUCCAAUCGCAAUUUUGCGUGGGAACGGAUCGGGGCCGCUUUCCUGCAGUCCCGCGUUGUCUGUGCAGCAGGAGCUGCCGCGCGUUCGUUCGUGGCGCCGAACGCAUGAGAGGUGCUUUCCUCCUCCCUGUGUGGCUUGUAGUGUAAUCAGUCAGGCAAUGGAACACGCGCGUUCAUUUGUGGGACGCCCUACCGUAUCUACGCGUACGGCGUGUGGUGUAUUCGGUGAGCUUCCCGCGCAAGGGAGGAGGAUGUGAGCGCGGCAGCACAUGUACAUAUCCUUACCUGGAGAAAAACGCCCCGUGAAUGCAAAGUUUGUUGUUGUUGUAGUAUAAGGUCAUAUCGAGGCACUUAUUUAUCAUAAGCUACGACGUGCCGAAGCAACCAACUGCAUUACGUUGAGUAAUAUUAUCAGAUUUCAAUUUGUCUUGUAAAAUAAUUUUGUUUCAGUAAAUAAUUUUUAUUUAUCUUGAAAUUAAAUUAUUUUACACAAAGUGCUUACAAGUAUGAGAAAAAUAUGAGCUAAAGAAUAUUGGUUUUGUCAGAAAUACCACAAUGUUGAGUAUAGUCGAAUUAAUAGUAAAUGUGGCAGAUGCUUAUUCAAUUCUUAUAUUCAUAGAUGUGUUGUUUCGUUUUAUGUAAAAUGGCUCUCUGCAGAAUUAUAACUAUGUCAGCCUAAUUAGGAAAUCCCCAAUAAGUGUGGUGAUAACUCGAAACCACUUAAGUUGGAAAGAGGAGGCACCUUUACAAGAAG